UAGCAGGGAGACCCGGCAUCAUGGCGGAUCAAAACAACACAGACGAUAAAGGGAAGUUCUACAGUGAAAUUUUAAGCCCGUCGGAGCUGUUCGCAGCCCGCUCCCGCAGUCACAAAAUCCCCGUCAGAGGACAGAAGGACUUCUUCCCCGAUGACUCCGAAGAGCAGAAGCAGCGACUCGAGCAGAGCCUGAAUGAACACUGGAGCCUCCUCUCAGAGGAGAGAGUGGAGAGGCUCCGUGCUGAAGCUCAGGGGGAAUGCUCCACUGAGAAGAUGGAGGAGGAUAAAUGCAACGAAGGCGAGGAAGAUGAAAAGCUUGCAGAGCCUCCGGAGGCCCAGAGUUCAGCAGACGAGGGCGGAAGCAGGAGCUGGUGGAUGAUGGAUGUUCUCGGGGACUCGGACAAAGAUUCCGGUCACGGCUCCAGAUCUGGCUCCUCGUGCUGGGACUUCAGCUCCAUCUCUUUCCCUGACCUGGGCUCCACCUCCAGGGAGCACUUCCGCAGUCACCUGGCCCCUCCAGACCCCUCUCUGCUGCCCGGGGAUUUGAAGGUGGGCUUCUGUGACGUUGCCCCCUGGAGGCAGAAAAUAAACCUGCGGCAGGUGAAGAUGUCAGCCAGUGAGCAGAAGAGGGAGAAAUACAGGCGGCGGUGGGACGUCAACAAAAACAGAGAGGUACGGCGGUGCAGAAACUGGGCGGAGUAUCAGGAGCUGAUGGCGAGGCGGAAGGGUAAGCGGGAAGGUCGACCAGCACACCUGUGGAACAGGGAAGUUACUCCGUUACAUGACCCGACACAGCCAAUCGCCACAGGAGAACUGCUGAAAAAAAUCAGCGUGAUCAAACCGACUCAUUUGCUGGAGGGAGCGUCCAGGUUAAAAGAUGCGGACGAUUGGAGGAUUUGUUUCAAUGUUUACCAGCCCAACACGGUGGCCGACUUCAAGAAGAGCAACCCGGGGAAACCGUACUCACGCAUGUGUGUGUGCAGUUUCGAUGACCCCGUGCCCGACCUGCGAGCCAUCAAGCUGCUGGCCUAUCAGAGCGGAGAUAUCCCAGUGGUCAUAGCUGUGGUGGACUAUGGAGACAUAUCGUUCUACACCUUCAAAGACUUCCAGCUCCCGACUGAUGUUUACCCCUAAGAACCACCCACCCACCCGGGACUAUUUAAUAAACCUGUUUGCUGGACUGGCUGCAUUUUCUGUGAUUUAUGGUGGAAAGAUGGUUUUGGUAAAAACAAACAAAAAAGAACAAGUGUGUUCUGACAAUGUUUGCGUACAAUUUGGCUCCAGUUUACAUCUAAAGACAAUUUUAUUGAUCAUCUUGACUCAUAAGUCCUUUAUGAUGAUGAAAACAAGGGAUCAGGAAACUUUGUC